CCCUGAAUUAAUAUGGCGGAGACACGUGGGGCGGCGCGGAGAGAGGAAGAGUGACUGACUGAGGCAACACUUGAUGAAAUUGGAAAAAGAAAUGAACAUAUGAUCAAAAUUUGGAAGAAAAAGACAAAACGAAAGUAAGCCAAGAAUAGAACACAAACAAGAACAAGAAACAGAGAAGUGGGAGCCGAUAUAAAGGCCUUGAAUUCCACACUAACUGGACUGGAAAGAGAGAGAGAGAGAGAGAGAGAGAUUUCAAGUGUCACAGGUCCAAAGAAGAAGAACUGAGCAAUGGACGUGUACCAGAACAUUUGGACCAACUGCGAGAAGAGCCAGCUGGAGAAACACAACCAGCUGAUUAGCGAGUGUGUCAUCAACCAAGGACUCUUCCAAAACGAGGAUGAUCGUCUGCUUAAGAUUCACGUCCGGGAAAUCAACAGUCUGCUCAACAGUCCCAAGACCAGGGAGCGAGGACUGCGGCUCCUGCUGGAUGUGGUGCCGCAGUGUCCCCAGCAGGUGUUGGCGGAGCAGUGUGAGCGCUGGUUCAAGUUUUGUAGUGAUGCCAUAGCAGCAUCCAGGAAGACCAGGAGCCUGACACAAGCCUGCCAGGUCCUCACGGCACUGCUGAGGGACCUGCCCAUCCUGCCUGAGCUGCAGCGUUGUGUCUCGGCAAAGUCCUCCGCCUUCCUGGUCCUCGAACUGUCAUCGGCUGUGAAUGACCCAGCACCCCUCGAGUGUCUUUACGAGUACAUCCAAGCUGCUCCCGGCCAGUGUCUGCAGCAUAAGAAAGUUCUUGAGGAGCGCAUGUUACACCACCUGGACAACCCUGUGACUCUCUGUGGCGGUGGGAGCAUGACACGGCUGGCAGGGAGGGUGUUCGCCGCACUGCCCCUGCCUGGCAUUGGCGGCGGGAAUGUGGCACAGGCACGCGCUGAGGCCAGGGGGAGGCAGUUGGCACUCCUUCUGGCUCUGGCACACUCCCUCAUGGACACACUGCUAGAUGGCGUGGUGGAGAAGGAGUCACACCCAUACCCCAGGGAGCACAGUGGCCUCACCCUUCGCCCACUGGAGGACAUCACCACCGAUCCCAUCAGCUCACGGCUCGCCAUCAUCGCUCGGCUCUCCAACACUCUGACCUUUGUGGCAGAGAUGAUCACCGACGCUGCCAACACUGCCAUCACCUUCACUGCUGACCACCUGCUCAGUGUGGCCUUCAGACUGUUGCAGGUGGAGUGUGGAGUCCUGGAGCGGUACAAGGGUCAGGAACACAAGCUGCUGGCCUUCUUCCUGCCCUCCCUCCACCACCAGGCACUGCUGCUGCUACAGGACGUCAUUACCAGCCUUGGCGAGGGAACAGACUGCUACUUCGACACUCUGGGGGACCUGCUGACCUCUGUGGUGCAGGCGAGCAAGGCCGGGGCAAAGAGCAGGCCAGUGUGGUGCAGUGGUGGCCAGCAGACGAGGGUGGUGGCAUAUGCUGUGCUGGCGGAGCUGGUGAGGACGUCGAGGGGCAGACACACACCCUCGGCAGCGCUGGUUACUAUGGUGCUUAGUGAUGUGAGCCCCAAGGAGGAAGAGGUGAAACUGCAGAAGCAGGGAAAGGGUCUCGCCUCCCUGUCAGUCACCAAGGCAGCAGGGAAGAAGAAGGGAUACACAGUAACAGCUGGGAGUGCUGGUGCCAACGUUGGGCCGGUGCCAAGGCCAGACCGCUUCAAUCGCCUGGCCCGGGUGGCGCUGGUGGUGGCCGAGAUGUUGUUUGCCCACGCCUCUCACUCCAUGGCACUCAAAGACCACCAGGUUUGUUGUUGGUUUGUUGUGACUCACUACAAGAUAGGUAGGAGGGAGAUGGGGACACAGAGGAGGUGGAAGAGUAACAGUAGGAGGAGGAAGAGAAAGAAAAAGGAGGAUGAGGAAGAACCAAUGAUUGAGGAUAAGAUCAAUCACACACAUGAAGAAGAAAGGAAGGAGGAAGACAAGGAAAUUGAAAAGGAUGAAGGCAAGAAAGAUAAAGAGAGGGAGGAAGAGAACAAGAAUAAGAAAGAGGAUAAGAAUGAAGAUGAAAUUUGGUGCAGUGAGGAAGAAAAAGACAAAAAUGAUCUAAAAGAGAAAAAGAAGGAAAAUGAGAAAGACAAAAGUGAUAUAGAAGAGGAGGAGGAAGAGGAAAAUGAG